CCGGGAUUCCCGAUUCGGCUCGCUCUCUGACUUUUCAAUUCGAACCCCUCCAAGAGUCCCCUUCGUCCUGCUGUGUCAGAACCUCCCAUCGUCACUUUCUCCCACUCUGCAAACCACCGCGCACCUCGCUCGCUACCUUCAUAUAUACAAAAUCCGGCAAGAUGGGUGUUAGCGAUGCGGCGGCUCUUCCCGCCAUGAAGACCAACCCCAAGUUCAUCUUCUUCACCGAUUUCGAUGGAACCAUUACUCUCCAAGAUUCCAACGACUACAUGACCGACAACAUCGGCUAUGGAGUGGAGAAGCGUCGCCAGGGCAAUUUGGAUACCCUCAACAACAAGAUCGAGUUCCGAGACUCGUUCCGCGACAUGAUGGAAUCCAUCAAGGCGCCCUACAACGAGUGCAUCCAGAUCCUGCUGGACAACAUCAAGCUCGACCCCUACUUCAAGGAGUUUUUUGACUGGAGCUUGGAGAACAAUGUGCCCGUCGUUGUCCUUAGUGGAGGAAUGGAGCCCAUCAUCAAGGCGCUGUUAGAGAAACUCGUGGGCCCCAACGCAGACAAGAUGCUGGUGCUGGGCAACUAUGUUGCUGCCCGCCCAGGCAAAUCCAUAAAUGAGGAAGGUGGUUGGGAAAUCAAAUUCAGGCACCCGGAAAGCGGUUUCGGUCACGACAAGUCAGUCGCCCUGCGCGAGUACUCGUCGUUGCCUGACAACGUUCGCCCGACCAUGUUCUACGCUGGUGACGGUGUCUCUGAUCUCUCUGCAGCCCGCGAGACCGAUCUGCUCUUCGCGAAGAAGGGUCAUGAUUUGAUCUCGUACUGCGCGAGGGAGGAAGUUCCCUUCACUGUUUUCGAGGACUGGUCCUCGAUCCUGACCAAGUGCAAGGAGAUUGUCGCGGGCCAGACUACAGUGCAAGACGCGGCCAAAGAGGGCUGGGAGGCAUACAAAUCGGGCGCUGCUGGCGUCAAGCCUGAGAAUGGCGCUGCGAAAUGAAUUGAACACCAUUGAUAGGCAUCUGAUGGGAUAGAUGGAGAACACACGCGCUUUGAUAGCGUUCAAGGUGGAUAA